AUGAAAGAAAAAGAUGAGUGUAAUGUUACAACUCUAAAGCAAGUGUAUAAUGCAAGAUAUAGGUACAAACGUUCAAUAAGAGGUUCAAGAACUGAGUUACAACAGUUAAUGUUGAUGUUGGAACGUGAUCACUACAUCCAUUUUAGUAGAUGUCUUGAUGAAUCUGAUGUGUUCAACGAGUGUGUUCAUCGUCUUGAGCUUGUUUGCCAGCCAUGGCCUGUAUUCUUUGAAUAUGUUAACGACUCGUGGAUCAUUCCUUAUAAGAAAUUCUUUGUGAAGGCAUGGACGAACAAAGUUAUGCAUUUGGGGAAUACAACAUCAAACAAGGUUGAGUCUGCUCACUGGAGUCUGAAGAAAGUUCUUGGAAGUAGUAUGGGAGACCUUUGUUCGUGUUGGGAUGGAAUUCACAACGUUAUUAUCUUGCAACACAACGAAAUUAAGGCGUCUUUUGAAAGAAGUUUAAAUCUGAUCAGUGACUCUUACAAGGCAUUGAGUUAUAGAAGAUUAGUGGGAAAUAUUUCUAGAUGUGCCUUAGAACUCCUUGCUCCAGAGUUGGAAAGAGUAAAGAAGAUUGGAUUCGAUAGUAGUCGUUGUGGCUGCAUUCUCAGACAAACUUAUGGUCUACCAUGUGCGUGUGAAUUAGCACGAUAUGAUCCUGGGAUUAUUCCUCUCCAAGAAAUUCAUGUGAUGUGGACUAGGUUGAGCUUCUCCAAUGUCUCGUCUUCACAAUCUGAAGGGCAAUUAUCUAUUCAGAGGGAAGUUGAUCUACUGCUUAAUCUUUUCAAAGAAGUUGAUAUUGCAGGAAAAGUGACCAUAAAACAUAAAUUACUCGACAUAGUUUGCCCUUCCAUGACAUCGAUGUUACCACCACCAAGUAAAGUUAAGACGAAAGGUGCAGCUAAGAGUCAUAGAUCAAAUAAGUCAACCAAACGUGAUCCCUCCUAUUUUGAGCAUGUGGACGCCUUCAUUGAGUCCUCAAGACAAGACACAUGUGUUGCAAAAAUAGAAAACAAGCUGAAGAGCAAACGUGUAAUUGAAGAGAAAGUAAUACCCAUGCUAGAACAGUUCAAUCCUGUUUUUCAUCCUUAUAUACUCGAUGUUGUCGAUGUUGUUGCGGACGACCAUUGUGGAUAUAGAUGCAUUGCUGCAUUGUUGGUUGGAGGCUAUGAUCGUCUGGAAGAACUGAGAAAGUCUUUGCUAGUUCACUCACCAUCAGGGGCUAAUCGAGACAAGUGGAUGACUAUACCAGACAUGGGGUAUGCGAUUGCUAAUCGGUAUAAUGUAAUCCUCGUCUGCUUGUCGUCAGUUCAGAAUUUGACGAUAUUCCCACUUCGUACAUCCCCACCUAUUUCGCAAAGUCAACAUCGACUAAUUUGUAUUGAACAUGUUUACAGUUCUCAUUUUGUGCAGGUUCGUCUACAAGAAGGUUGUCCAUUACCAACAGUGGAUAUCAUAUUAUCUAGCAAUUGUUACCCAAAGGCAAAAGGUUGGGCAUCAUUUUAUAGAGAUAGGAUGCAAGCAUUCCUAGAUUUACAUGUAGUGGAUCGUAGUUAUGUAGAUCUCAUGGAAGACUGA